GGCUGUCCAUAAAUACAUUAGCGGAGAGCGGCGCUGGAGCCUGGAGCUGGGGCUGGAGACGGAGACCGACCGGUGCUGGGCUGGAGAUUCCCCCAACAAGCCACAACCAUGUCUGACUGCAGCAACAGCCAGGACUCCGAGGCCGGCUCCUGCUCCGGCGAGGAGAUGGACGAGGACGAGAUCCUCGCCACCUUGUCCGCCGAGGAACUGAAGCAACUGCAGAGCGACAUGGAAGACCUGGAGCCCGACCUACACGUCCCCCUGGGCCACAGGCAGAGGGACCACACGGGCAAAACCCCCACCGGCUCCUUCGACCACCGCUCCCUGGUGGAAUACUUGCACUGGGAGAAGGAAUCGAACCGGCUGCUGGAGGAAGAGAGGGUCCCGGCCACUCUGCUGGACGGCGAGCAAAACGUGGUGAAAAAACUAAAUGGAACACAAAGCGAAAAGGACUCUGAGGGAGGGAGGAAUGAAAGCGAGGCGGAAAGCAGCGAUGAAGGAGAGACAAAUUCGGAAAACCUGCCUGGGAAUAGUCAGCAGAUUCAGCAACUGGAUAAUGGCGAGCCGGAGAGCAAAAAUGUCACGUAUAAAUCGGAGAGGGAGAAGGAGUUGGUGGAGACGAUGAACGAACAGCAAAGCAAAGAACUGCUACCGAAUGAACCCGGUCUCAAACUUGAAGGCGAGAGCUGUGAUCCUCAGAAUGUGGUGGAGGAGAUCGUCGCUGAUCAGCCACAGGAUGAGCAGGAGAAGAUUGAGGAGGCCAUUCCCUUGUGCAACAAGCCGGAUCCAAUCUCAUCCACUGAAGAUCAGGACACAGUCAAUGACAGCAAAGAGGAGAUCAAGGAAGAGCUUCCCAUUCCUACGCUGCUUAAAGAAGACCAAGAAAAUACUGAGGCGACAAAGGGCAAGUUAAAAGCAGGGAAGAAACUGGAAAUGGACAGCAGUUUCCUCAAACUUAGUGCCAGGCCCUCAGGAAACCCAACGCAUUUGGAUGACGCACUGGCAAAUAUUCGCAUAAACAAGCCCGAUGUGAAAGAGGUUAACCUAAAUAAUGUGGAAAACAUCCCGAAAGAGAUGUUGAAAAGCUUUGUGGAAGCUCUGAAGAAGAACAAGCACGUGACCUUGUUCAGCAUCACCAAUACGGGGGCCGAUGAUAAUAUCGCCUUCGCCAUAGCCAACAUGCUGAGAGAAAACAAGAGAAUGGUCACCCUCAACAUCGAGUCCAACUUCAUCUCAGGCAAGGGUAUCGUAGCUAUCCUGAGGUGCUUGCAAUUCAAUGAGGUUCUCACCGAGCUGAGGUUCCACAACCAGAGGCACAUGUUAGGGCACCACGCCGAGAUGGAGAUCGCCCGCCUUCUCAAAGCCAAUUCCACCCUGCUGAAGCUGGGCUACCACUUCGAGCUGCCAGGCCCAAGGAUGGUGGUGACCAACCUGCUGAGUCGCAACCUGGAUCAGCAGAGGCAGCUGAGGAACCUGAAGCAGCAGAGGAACCAGUUUGCACAGGAGCAAGAAGUCAUGGUGAACGCCUGUCGGAAAAUCUCCCCCGACACGCUGGCGAUGUUGGACGCAUACAUGCCAAGUUUCUCCACCAUCUGUGAAGACCAUCCCUUCCCUCCGCCCAUUGCCUUGCACCGCUCGCCAAGCACUGCCCAGCGAGUUCAACUCAGAAAAGUGACAAAAAAACAGAGCAAAAAAAAAGCAAAUCAAGACAGAGUGGAUGGGAAUGAAACGCCAAACUUAAGGGCAAUGAUAAGGUCACUAAAACCAGUUCCCAGGGCGAGACAGGCACCUGUGGCAGAAAGCACCCCUCGCGAUGACUUGUUAAGUGAUAUUCGUCAGAGCAAUGUGGCCUUUUUAAAAUCAGUUCCACUUCCAAAGCUGUUGGAUUAGUCUUGCUAACAUGGGGAACGAGUAAAAUGGAUACUUGGCUAACAUUUUAAAACCGUGCAACAAUGGAGACGGUGUGUCACAAUAAACCUUUUGCAGAACCCUACUGUUUGCAUAUCUGUGUGGGAACAAUUAAUAAGAACAGGUUACAGGUGUUUAUCUUUUGCAUAAACUAUAUGCAUAAAAAGCGUAUUGUCUUAGAAAGUUACUUAUUCACUUUGAUUUGUAUCUUGGAAUUUGGAAUGUAUUAUAAAAUGAAAUUAUUAAAUAUUAGCCUCAUGUUGA